UUUAGGUACUCUACAAACCUUAAUAAGAAUCGAGUGCUUGUAGCAAUCGCAGAGAGCAAACAGAAAGCCAGCUGGCAGAAACUGAACAGUGCCACUGCAUUUUUAUUGCUUAUAACCCCCAAAAAACAGAUUAUUACUAAAAAAAUGUCUUUUUUAAUUUCGUUUCUCUCUGAUCCUGCAUUAAUUUGUCUGCUCUGUGCAACAUUAUUAUUAGCCGUAGUCUAUUUUUCAAAUGGCUAUAAAAAUUCAGCUUUCAAAUUACCUCCUGGUCCAACUCCUCUUCCGAUCAUUGGUAACCUGCACUUGGUGGAUCUUAGAAGGCAAGAUAAAUCACUAAUGAAGCUUGCGGAAAAGUACGGCCCCAUCUUCACCCUCCACUUUGGGUUCCAGAAAGUUGUGGUCCUGACCGGGUACGAAGUUGUGCGGGAGGCGCUUGUGAACUACACAGAGGAGUUUGUAGACAGACCAUCCAUCCCAAUAUUUGACCAAAUUCAGAACGGAAACGGUCUGUUCUUCUCCAUCGGGGAGCUGUGGAGAACAACUCGGAGGUUCACCGUGUCCAGCAUGCGCAACCUCGGCAUGGGGAAACAGAUGAUAGAAGGGAGAAUUUUUGAGGAGCUUCACUUCCUCAUUGAGAGGAUCAAAUCCUUCAAAGGGGAACCUUUUACCCUGCCGUCCUUCAACUGUGCUCCCAUCAACGUCACCUUUGUCAUGCUGUUUGGGGACAGGUUUGACUAUAAGGACCCAACAUUUCUCACUCUCUUAAGACUCAUAGAUGAAGUUAUGAUUCUUCUGGGAUCUCCAUAUUUAAACUAUUUCAAUUUCUACCCAUUCCUUGGAUUUCUCUUCAAAACCCACAAGAUUAUGCUUAAGAAAAUAGAAGAUGUGCGUGACAUUUUAAGGCAAUACAUGAAGGCGAGCAGGGAGGAUAUCAAUGAGAACAGUGUGAGAAGCUACAUCGAUGCACUGAUAUUCAAGCAACAAGAGGAGAAAAACAAGAAAGACAGCCUCUUUCAUGAUGACAACUUAAUGGCAUCCAUCCUCGACCUGGUCAUGGCAGGAACAGAGACCAUAGCCACCACGCUCCAGUGGUCCAUCCUGCUCAUGAUGAAAUACCCAGAGAUUCAAACAAAGGUACAGGAGGAGAUCGGGAGAACAGUCAAAGCUGGAAGCUGGGCCACGUAUGAGGACAGGAAGAACAUGCCAUACACAAACGCGGUGCUACACGAAGUGCAGAGGUUUAUCACCCUCCUGCCCCACGUUCCACGGUGCACUGCUGUUGAUACCCACUUCAGGGGCUACUUCCUCCCCAAGGGUAUAAUUGUAAUCCCCUCACUUACCUCAGUGCUGCUGGAUAAGACACAAUGGGAGACACCACAUGAGUUCAACCCCAACCACUUUCUUGAUGCUGAAGGGAAUUUUGUAAAGAAAGGAGCUUUCCUGCCCUUCUCCACAGGGCGAAGGAACUGCAUUGGAGAAAGCCUGGCCAAGAUGGAGCUGUUUGUCUUCUUUGUAGGGUUGCUUCAGACAUUUACUUUUCGACCCCAACCGGGAGUUUCAGAGUCUGACUUGGACCUUACUGUCCCCCAAACGACUUUCACAUUGAGGCCUCAGCCUCAGGCGACCUGUGCUGUCCUGCGUGAAUAACCACAGCCUUGUUCAAGAGCACCCCAAAAACUGGGAGGCUGUUUAGACCCAGCUUUGCUCAAACUCGCCAUCCCCCCGUCCUGCCACAUCACCCUCUUUCACAUCCCCUUCCCAUUGUCUCCAUCCACUCCACUGCUCCAUCCACCCCAUAGGUUGCUCUUUGCUCCUGUGCUUUGGGGGCUGUGUGGGAUCAAUCACAAGCCGUGAUGGUGCUGACAAUCACACCCCACUUCUCAAGACAGACUGUGCAUGGAGCCGAUGAAGGGACCCACCAGCUGGCCUGGUGACAGGGAUGCAGCCCAUGAGGGUGUAACACCCAGGCUCCCACAGUUCAUAAUGUCACAGAAAUCUGCCCAAAAUCCUGAGGAUAGCGACACUAUGGUUUGCUGGAAGCCACAGAAAUACACCGUGGGUCACACAGCUGAACUAUCCAUAGGUACCUCCUGAACUUUUAGCUUCUGGGAAAAUCCCACUAGGAUUUUGCCCACCAGGCAGCCAAGUCAAACACCAAGAGUAAAAAAACAGAUCAAUUCAUGUGACUUGAGGACAAAGUUAUUUCUGCCCUGGAAUAGUGUCCUGGAAGAUGCCCAGAGUCUGUAAACCUUUUCAGAUGAGGAAGUGCUGCUACCACCAAGAUCAACACUGCUUCACAGUCUGAAUGAAACAGGAGCCACAUUUCUAAGUUGCAAUUUAAAUCACAAGGCCACGUGAGAUUUGCACCAGCAUCCCAUCAUAAGAUGCUAAUAAUACAGAAAAAUAAACUAUACCCACCACUA